AUGACAGAAGACCUGAUCCAGAAUGGGGCGGGAGGAAAAAUAGGAGGUGAUGGUCACAUCGUCGAGGUCGACGAAAGCAAGUUCGGGAAACGGAAAUAUAACUCUGGCAGACGUGUUGUUGGAAAGUGGUUGCUUGGAGAUGACAAGGGGCUACCAGGUAGUGACCCACUCACUACCUCUUCAAAGACCUGCCUGGUACCCCCACAACAAGACGAAUGUUUCUUGGUGGAGUGCCCUGAUAACAGAAGGAACCAUCACACCCUCCUCUCUCUGAUAAAGCGUUACAUCAACCCUGGUACUACAAUCCUAUCAGACCGCUGGAAAGGCUACACACACCUGAAUCGCCAUGGAUAUAUCCACCUCACCGUGAAUCAUCGACGUGGAUUCAUCGACCCUGCAACGGGCGUGCAUACAAAUACCUGUGAAGGUAUGUGGUACCACGCUAAGCGUCACAUGAGAGGGGGGCACGGACGAACCAGGACUGAUUCAGCUGCAAUGGACUUGGCACUCUGUGAAUUUAUGUGGUUGAAGAGAUUUAAUCUUACACGUUCUGAUGUUUCUGUUCGUAAGAGUUUUAACUUUGAGAUUCCUGAGCUCAUGAAAAGAACCUUUGGUUGAAUAAUGGGAAGUUUAAUGAUUAUCUAAAAUAUAUAAUUGAUGUUGUAUUGCAUUUAAUGAAGUCGUAGAUAUAUCAUAAUUUUGCAAACUAACCAGAUUAAUUGUUUUAUUUCAUGAGG